CCCGCUCUCCCCUCACUCCAUACCCCCGAUUCCAUACCCCCUUCGAUCGCGAAAUCGCGAUCCCUUUCUCACUCCCAUCACUUUUUUAUUCUCUCUCUCUCUCUCCCUCCCAAAAAGCUCCUUCUCCACUUUCUCUUUACUCGCGGGAGCGAUGGGGAGCCGCGGUCGCCUCCGAUCCCUCGCGCUGCUACUCGUCGCUUUCCUGAUCGCGUCCCCUGGUGCGACGGCGGUCGACGACGGCGCCGUCGCCGCCGAUGGCGAGACGGAGGCGCGCAACGCGACGGAGGUGGGCGUCGUCGACGGCUCCGGCGGGGCGAAGGAGGGGAGCUUCGCGGACAUGAUCGAUCGGGCGCUCCAGAAGGAGUUCUCCGAGAGCGAGCAGGGCGGCGGAGAAACCGACGUGGGUAGCUUUAACAACAGCGUUGCUGGAAAUCAGGCGGUUCUCGAAACUGUAGCUAGAGUUACACAAAAGAAGAAUGAGACUAGAGAUGAGAAGUCAUUUCAAUUGCAUGAUGUUUUCAAUCUGGAUUCUGAAAAUCGAGGAGAGGAAAUACCCACCUUGAUAGAUCGGAAGGACAAUGUUUUCAUUAUAUCAAAUCCAAAGUCAAAAUAUCCUGUGCUACAGUUAGAUCUAAGGUUGAUAUCAGAUCUUGUUGUGGUCAUUGUAUCUGCGGCAUGUGGUGGAAUCGCCUUUGCUUGUCUUGGACAACCGGUAAUUACUGGUUACUUACUUGCAGGAUCUGUGAUUGGACCUGGAGGCUUUAGCUUUGUCAGUGAAAUGGUGCAAGUUGAAACAGUAGCUCAGUUUGGUGUGAUUUUUCUCCUUUUUGCAUUGGGCCUGGAGUUCUCUGCAACAAAACUUCGCGUUGUUCGUGCAGUUGCUGUACUUGGAGGCCUGCUCCAAAUUGUUUUAUUUAUGUGUUUGUGUGGCGUAACUGCCUCGUUAUGUGGAGGCAAAGUUUCAGAGGGUAUCUUUGUUGGUGCCUUUUUGUCCAUGUCUUCAACAGCUGUGGUUCUAAAAUUUUUGAUGGAAAAAAAUAGUAUCAAUGCGCUUCAUGGUCAAGUUACAGUCGGCACCCUUAUAUUACAGGAUUGCGCCGUGGGUUUGCUGUUUGCAUUACUUCCCAUAUUGGGAGGCACAUCUGGCAUCCUUCAAGGAGUCAUAUCAAUGUCAAAAUCGUUGAUACUGCUGUUUACAUUCCUGGCUAUUCUUUCCAUACUAUCCCGUACAUGCAUUCCAUGGUUUCUUAAGCUGAUGAUGAGCCUUUCAUCUCAGACCAAUGAAUUAUAUCAGCUGGCAUCUGUUGCCUUCUGCUUGCUAGUUGCCUGGUGUAGUGACAAGUUGGGUCUAAGUCUUGAAUUGGGUUCCUUUGCUGCUGGAGUGAUGAUAUCAACCACCGAUCUUUCACAGCAUACCCUUGAACAGAUCGAACCCAUCCGCAACUUCUUCGCUGCUCUUUUCCUAGCAAGCAUCGGAAUGCUGAUCCACGUUCAUUUUCUUUGGAACCACGUGGAUAUCUUACUUGCAUCUGUAAUUCUGGUUAUCAUCAUUAAGACGGUUGUCGUCACUAUAGUCGUCAAGGGGUUUGGCUACAGUCACAAGACAUCACUUCUUGUUGGUAUGUCACUGGCCCAGAUAGGGGAAUUUGCAUUUGUGUUACUAAGUCGUGCUUCAAACCUUCAUCUCGUGGAGGGUAAAUUGUACCUGUUACUUCUGGGAACUACUGCUUUAAGUUUGGUGACAACUCCAUUACUUUUCAAAUUGAUUCCCGCUGUGAUUCAUCUCGGUGUUCUCGUGCGAUGGUUCUCGCCAGAUACUCAAAUGAUAGAGAUGAGUUAUAAAAGCGAUAGCCUCUGGGUAGAUAGCGCUAAGCGGAUAAAUUUGAUGGUGCAAGGUUCUCAUGAUUCGUGAAAAUAAGAAGUUUGAAGUACAUGAAGCAAAAUGCGGUUAAGUGAGAUGAGCAUCACUCAAUAUUUCAAGUACAUGGAAGUAGGAUGUCUGACUCAGCCUUGGCUUGUUUGGGAGGGCCCGGAAAUGUAAUUCAAUUUCCUCUUACAUCCACUAUGUGGAGAUCUGUCCAUAGCGCAGGAAGGCAAGAAAGAUGAACAAGGUUGAUUGAGUCAGAGGGGUUGAUCAUUUUGUGAGCUUGGCUCGAGCUGUUUCUUCGACCCAAAUAUGUGGGUAUUCUGUAAUGUAACAAGACGCGUGCCGAUCUUUGUUCAUUGGUUUAUGGGAGAGUUCUAACGGCGGAUUCCCAUUGGUUGUGAUUAAAUGGAAAUGUAGAUUCUAUUGGUUCAUUAGUUUUGUCCGAGGCAACUUGAUUUUUGGUAAACAUAUUCCCUGUUUUGCAUCUUU